CAAAGAUCCACCGCCGGAAUCUUCUACUUCUCCGGCUACAUUCGAUCCUAGUCGAAUGAUUGGGAUCAUCAAAAGGAAAGCUUUGAUUAAGGAUUUAGCAGCUGCUUACCACGCCGAGUGUCUAGCUCUUUGCCGAGAACUUCUCGAGCUUCAAAAGAGAAAGGACGAGCCGUUCCUGGACACGAAAGCUACGGAAGAUCUGAGAAAAGAGACGUUGAGGUCUUCUUCCAAACGAGCUAAGAAAAAACGUUAAAAGAAAAGACUUGGUAUGAUGCUUAAUUUCCUACGUAGAUCUAAUGAAGAAUAACAAUGGCGACGUUGUGGAUAGCGGAAACAACAACCGGUUAAGCCGGUGGCAUCACAAUUCUUCCCGGAUAAUUAGGGUUUCACGAGCUUCCGGUGGUAAAGAUCGACAUAGCAAAGUCUUGACUUCGAAAGGACCACGUGACCGGCGUGUCCGGUUAUCAGUCUCCACCGCUCUUCAAUUCUAUGAUCUUCAAGAUCGGUUAGGUUACGACCAACCGAGCAAAGCUGUUGAAUGGUUAAUCAAAGCUGCUGAAGAUUCAAUCUCUGAGCUUCCUUCACUCAACAACACUCAUUUUCCGACCGAUGACGAGAAUCAUCAGAACCAGACAUUAGCAACAGUUGCUGCUGCGGCGAAUUCGUUGUCUAAAUCGGCUUGUAGUAGUAAUUCAGACACGAGCAAGAACUCUUCUGGUUUGUCUUUAUCAAGAUCGGAGCUUAGAGAUAAAGCUAGAGAGAGAGCUAGAGAGAGAACAGCUAAAGAGACCAAGGAAAGAGAUCAUAACCACACUUCUUCGUUUACCGAUUUGUUAAAUUCCGGUUCAGAUCCGGUUAACUCAAACCGGCAAUGGAUGGCUUCAGCUCCUUCUUCAUCUCCAAUGGAGUAUUUUAGUUCGGGUUUAAUUCUCGGGUCGGGUCAACAAACCCAUUUCCCGAUUUCAACAAAUUCUCAUCCUUUCUCAUCAAUCUCCGAUCACCAUCAUCAUCAUCAUCCACACCAAGAGUUUUCAUUCGUUCCCGACCAUUUGAUAUCACCGGCAGGAUCCAACGGUGGAGCAUUCAAUCUUGAUUUCAACAUGUCGACACCCUCCGGCGCCGGAGCUGCCGUCUCCGCCGCAUCAGCUGGUGGGUUCAGUGGUUUCAACAGGGGGACCCUUCAGUCCAAUUCAACAAAUCAUCAUCAGCAUCAGUCAUUUCUCGCUAAUCUACAGAGGUUUCCAUCAUCAGAAAAUGGUGGAGGUCCACAGUUCUUAUUCGGUGCACUGCCUGCAGAGAAUCACCACCACAAUCACAACCAUAAUCACCAGUUUCAGCUUUACUAUGAAAAUGGAUGCAGAAACUCAUCAGACCAUAAAGGUAAAGGCAAGAACUGAUGAUAUUACUUAUUGCAUCUUUGGUUUUAUUCAGAUCCUCAUUUUGUAUGUUUAAUUUUCUCUCUUUAUUUUUGGUUUAUUUCAAAACAAAUGUUAAUCUCUUUUGUUGUCUGAUCAUUUUAUCAUUAAUGUGUGUUAAAUUUGUUAGGGUUUUGUCUUUAUGUUUUGAGGGUCUUUGGAAAUCUUUUUGCAUUGUGUUUGUAAUGUUGUAUUUUGUGAUAAUAGCAUUUUGUUUGUGAGUUUUUAAUUCAAUAUUUGAGUGUUAUUUUUAGCAUUUUGUUUUCUUUAGUUAAAUGUUAUAGUACGAAGAUACUGUUUCUUGGUAUUCAUGAACAAAGGGUAGGUCAAGGC